AUGGAAGCAGAGGAGCUGGUUGAAUCCCUCAUCAGAGCUCUCAUGUUCAUUGCUGGGGUCUUGGGAAACAACUGGUUGGCUAUUCGUUCCUUACCAAAAUCCCUAUCUGCAUUACGUACCAAUGAGAUUCUAUUCCUCAACCUGGCUAUCUCCAACCUCAUCACCAACUACCUGGUAGAUCUCCCAGACACUAUGGCAGACUUUGCGGGCAGUUGGUUCUUAGGAGAGACUUACUGUGGGGUGUUCCGUUUCUGUGCUGACUUGUCUGAAACCAGCAGCAUUUUUACCACUUUCUUCAUCAGCAUUUUUUGGCACCAGAAGUUGGUUGGGUCCCUUAAAAGAGGUGGGGGUCCCGUGCACAUGGACGGCCUGUGCUUGGUGGCGUGCCUGCUGGCUGGAAGUUGGACAGUGGCUGUGGUGUUCAGCAUGCCACACUUUUUCUUUGUCAAAGUAGAAGGAACCAAUGAAAGUGAGGUUGACUGCAUAGAUUACUUUCCAGAUGCCAUAGCAGGACAAACAUAUGAAAUUAUUUACUUAACCUUGGCAAACGCUCUUCCACUGGCUGGGAUUUUAACCAUCAGUGUCCAGAUUGUGAUCACCCUCCUUCAAAACCACAGGCGCGUCAGAAGUCACAAAACUGAACUCUCUGUGAAAAAAAACACAAAGAGGAAUGAUGAGAACAGGAAUGAUGUUGUAAUUACGCAAGGAAAAUCAUCAUCCAAAAUACAGGCUCCAAUUCAAGAUGGCCAGCAAGAGGCUCUCCCAAGACCACCUCAGAUGUCAGUAAAGGCUGGCUCCAGCAUCCAAGUGAGGGCAGCUAAAAGUGUGGUGGCUGUGGCCAGUGUUUUCUUGGUCUGUUGGUUGACUCACAUGCUCUUGCGCAUCACCAAUAACAUUCACAUGUCGUCAAUCGUGGUGGAAGUUGCCAGUUACAUUGCCUCCUCAUAUACAUGCAUCAUUCCAUACAUUUUCCUGUAUGGAGUGAAAAAGCUCUCCUGCUCAUGCAGCUCAUAG